AUGACGGCCUCGUCCGUGGUUGGCGAUGUCGUCCUAGUCGGCGAGCAGCUCUUCGACCAUACACCGGUUGUCAGAAGGCACAUCGAUGCCUUCGUCGAGCAUUUCGAACGCAACGAUCGGCACCGCGAGUUUGACGGCAUCAUCCGGGCCUCGCAUUCGCUAGUGGAAGCGUCCGAUACGAACGUUGAGGGACUGUUCGAGGACGGACGACUGCAAAAGACGAAUCAGAGCAUCGACCAGCUGGCGGAACGGAUACGAAAAUUGGCGCAACCCACUUUUAAGCAGGAGCACGACUCGUACCUCGCCGCCAUCGAAAAAUCCCAGCACGAAUACGUGCCCGGCAGCGCUGCUCCUCCAGAUGGGUCGCCUUUGCCAAGCGCUGGACCGCCGCCGGAGGGUUGCCCCGAGAACUCGAAAUGGGAGCUGAACUCGGGCUGUGACUCGUGCGAUGCGCUUAAGAAGAAGAACGAGCCGUCCUGGGUAUGCGCUACCGCUCCUCAAAUGAGCUGCCACUGCCAGCCCGGGUUCGGCUCGCCGGUGGGCCCCGGCAACAAAACGUGCGUUCCGGUCGACAAAUGCCCACCAUCGCUGUAUCAAGCCGGUAGCGACCCGCCUCCGGUAGUCUCCGGACUCUCCGGAUCUGCCCCAGUUAAGCCGAAGACCCUGCAA